ACAAGAGGAAAUACGGACAGUUUCUUAAAACUCUGGAAUUUGAGAAAGAGACCAAUCGAAAGGUCAAGAACAAAAAUGUUUGUCGACGAGUGCAACAAGACAUGUCGACGUACGAGGAAAAUUUGCAGAGGCGUAGAGAGAAGCUGCGCGAUCUCGUGUUGAGCGAGGAGAUGAAUCUGACGAGAGAGAUCACGGAGGAGGCGCGACGAGGCGAGGACGCGCGAUUCGAGGAAAUGCGGGCGAGAACGGAAGAGCUGAGGAAACAACGCGAGGAGGAACACGAGGCGAUGGUGGCCGCGAAACGGAUGCAACAGUAUCUAGCCGCGUGUCCAGAUGUCAAGCGAGAAUUAUCGAGGAGACACGCGAUCGACGCGAAGCGAUGUAACGUGGCGCAGAUGGCGGAUAACGAGGCGAAGAGAUCGGUCGAGAAGGAACUGGACGAUUUGUGGCACAAGGUGAUGCUGAAGGAGCUCGAGGCGAAGAAGCGCGAAGAGGCGGAGGACUCCGAAAAGCGAACUCUAGCACAACGAGAAACGGCGCUUGCUUUAAGCAGGCAAGUAGAGGAUAAGCUGGUGCUGGAAGAGCAGAGAAAGAGGCAGAUCGAACAGGACGAACGGGAACACUUGGAGCGGCUAUGGGAGGACGUGCGUCAGGCGGAAUUGCAAAAUCUCGAAGCGGAAAAGCAGAAGCGGCAAGGAUUGAAGAGGGAACUGGAGGAGCAGAUUCUAACGACGAAGAGGUUCCUCGUCGAACGCGCUCGUGAAGAGGCCGCAGUAGAUCACGUGUUCAACACGUUAGUCGAAGAGGAAUUGGCCAAAGAAAAGGCAGAUGCGAAGAAGAACACGGCGGCUCUUCGGGCGGAAUUAUUGGCUUAUCUGAAGUAUCUCGAGGACCUGCGGCAGGAAGAAGUCAAACGGAACCUAGAGGUGGAAGCCAUCAUCGAACAGUCACGCAAGGACAUCGAGGCUCGACGCGAGCUCGCGGUGAAGAAAUUCAAGGAAGCUCGUCACCGAGCCGCGCAGGAAGUCCUUCGCGGCCGGGAGGAACAGCUGAGGACGAAGCAGGAGGCGGAGGAGCAAGAACGACGGUUCAAGCUGGAGGAGAGGGAGGCUCUCGAGAGGCAGAUCGAGAUGGACGCCAACUUGAUCGCGAUGGAACGGAAGGAGAGCAGACAAAGGGCGUUUCGUUACGGGCUGGAGCUCAAGGAGCAACAGAGGUGCGUCCAAGCGAUGAGACGUCGCGAAUUGGAGGAGGACCGGAAGUAUCACCGAGAAGAGGCAGUGAGGCAGGCGGAUGAGUAUCAGAAGCUCACAGAUGAGCUGUUGAAAGCUUCCGAAAAUAUCACUCCGCAUCCGUUUAAAGUCCUCUUGAAGGAGUGCGCCGCACGUCACGCUGCGGAGAAGGAAGGACGUUAUUAUUGUCCUCCGGCUUUAACUUCCGCGUAACUGAUGAGAAUCAACGAGAUAGACUAGAGUAAGUAUUAUCGGUUGCUA